CAUGCCGGGCUGCGCAGAUCGUCCUCCGGGUCAGAGUUGGUCGCCAUGGCGGUGCUCGCAUCCAACCCUAACAACCCGGUGGUGUUUUUCGAUGUCACAAUCGGAGGCCAGGAGGUCGGCCGCAUGAAGGUGGAGCUCUUCGCCGACGUGGUGCCCAAGACGGCGGAGAACUUCAGGCAGUUCUGUACCGGUGAAUUCAGGAAAGACGGCGUCCCCAUCGGUUACAAAGGCAGCACUUUCCACAGGGUUAUAAAGGAUUUCAUGAUCCAAGGAGGCGACUUUGUAAAUGGCGACGGGACUGGGGUGGCCAGCAUAUACCGGGGUCCCUUUGCCGAUGAGAACUUCAAGCUGAGACACUCAGCUCCUGGCUUGUUGUCUAUGGCAAACAGCGGCCCAAGCACCAACGGCUGCCAGUUCUUCAUCACGUGCUCCAAGUGUGACUGGCUGGACGGGAAGCACGUCGUCUUUGGUAAAAUAAUUGAUGGGCUGCUCGUCAUGAGAAAAAUUGAAAAUGUGCCCACCGGUCCAAACAAUAAACCCAAGCUGCCCGUGGUGAUUGCCCAGUGUGGUGAGAUGUAGGUAGUGGACCAUCAGGUAUGCACUGCGCACCUC